AUGUCGCCAAUGGUCCUGGAGAACGACGUAGAAGUCGGAGAGAGUCUGCCACCAGCAACCGAGCACGCUGAUAAGAGGCAGGCAGUUAGUGUGUCACUGCCGACAUGGCGGGCAAACGUUGGAUAUGAAGAGGGUGAAGAAUGGGUCAUCAGCAAAAUGAAGACUGGCUAUCCUAGAUUCUUCAUACAUAAGAUUAUACAAGCCUUUGCGGCUGCAAUUGUCGAGAAGCAUGGCAAAGAGGGGGAGAGUGCAAUGCUGUUCCCUACAAACGCCACCGCAUCGAGGUGUCAAGAAUUCUUCCUACGACAAGCACCUGACCUGGAUGCGUCACAAGUUCGGAUUCUCGAUCUCGUACCAGCAGCUGAGAGGGCUCGUUCUGAAGAACUGCAAAUCAUAUCACCAAGAGUAUCAGCCGUGCUCUUCCCGAAAGAUCGCUUCAACAUCGCAAAGGCGUUCUGGCAGCACUCCGGCGAUGGCGUCUCAAGUCGAAGAGCAGAGUACUGCUCCCAGCUCUUCAAGGAGGGUAUCUUAGUAGAAGCCUCCACAAUUAAUCAGCCAGCAAGAGUGUGCAAGGGUCCCAGGCGGUAUCAGAAGCAGACCUCGAUUGAUCUGGGCAAUUUAGACAAUUUCGCUAACGGCAACGGAGAAGUCCAAGAUCCUACGCAAUUCGUCGAGGAGAGAUUUGGACGCAACUUGGAUCUCUCAAAAACCAAGAAUGCAAAGUUAGCCAUUCGAAGGCGCAUUGCAGGGUCAUUGACUGCGGACGUUAGCUUGACAGAAGCGAUGACCCUGCAUCAUGACGCAGCGAGGAAAAGGCCGAUAGCCGGCUUCUCUGAAGACGACGUCUAUCUAUAUCCCACGGGAAUGAGCUCCAUCUUCAACGCCCACCGGAAUCUACUCAGAGCAAAGGGCUCAAAGAGAGCCAUCGUCUACGGCUUCCCAUACAUCGACACCCUGAAAAUCACCGAAAAGUUCGGUCCUGGUUCGCAAUUCUAUGGCUUCGGUUCAUCAGAAGAGCUGGACGACCUUGAGCAACGAUUAGAAGGUGGUGAAAGAUUCGUCGCUCUCUUCACCGAGUUCCCUGGGAACCCGUUGCUCAGAUCCCCAGACCUAGAGCGCAUACGCAAACUAGCCGACCAAUAUGAUUUCUGCGUAGUAGUAGAUGAGACUAUUGGCAAUUUCAUCAAUGUUAAUGUCCUGCAGUAUGCGGACGUCGUGGUCAGCAGUCUGACCAAGGUAUUCAGCGGAGAUAGCAAUGUAAUGGGUGGAGGACUUGUGCUCAACCCCAAAGCAAAGAACUAUGCCCUCCUCAAGCGCACAUGGGAAGAAGACUAUGAAGAUAACCACUGGGCUGAAGACAGUAUCUUCCUCGAGCGCAACAGCCGUGACUUUGUCUCGAGAAUCGAUCGUAUCGGUACCAACGCCGAAGCCAUCUGCGACGUACUCAGCGGACAUCCCCGUGUCAAACAAGUAAACUACCCCAAAACGUCACCAACGCGCCCCUUCUACGAAAAAUGCCGCAACCCCUCCGGGGGCUAUGGCGGCCUCCUCUCCGCCACCUUUCACACAAGAGCCGACGCUAUCGCCUUCUUCGACAACCUUGAUACCGUCAAGGGACCCAGUCUGGGGACAAACUUUACGCUCAGCUCGCCGUAUGUGAUUUUGGCGCAUUAUGGCGAGUUGGAUUGGUGUGCGAAAUGGGGUGUUGAAGCGGAUUUGAUUCGGUUUAGUGUCGGACUGGAGGAGACGAGCAAGUUGGUGGAGACGUUCAAAAGGGCGCUGGAUGCUAUCCCUGAUGCACAGUAGUAUAUUGGUUGGUUUAACGUCGGGAAUAUCUUGUGCGAGUAACAAUGCAAACCGAUCAUUCAAUAUGACAUAGCAUGAAAUCCGAGGCAGUCGUCGCACUCAAGGUCUUUGUCUGCUUACCUGGGUGGUUCUUUCCCGUCUGAGCGGUAACAUGGAGAUAUGAUCUGAGUUCUCUCCGUUUGGCAGCGACGAACAUGAAACGGGAGGUAGUACCUUCCGCCUCCCAUCUUCUCUACGGAUCUGCGAGCGACAAAGCAGCAGCAUUCGCUUCUUCUUCUGGUUUUCGCGCUCGAGCCUAAGCGGUCUUCUCGCGCAGGACUUGGAUUGCGUAUAUUGGGAGCAGCAUUCUCUUCUUGGUCAGCCAGCAGAUGUUAUGUGUCAUCAGAGUGGGCUACGCGUUGAUAUGACAUGGCUGGUAGUAGGAUCUACAAUUCUGCUACCGG